AUGUUUGAAGGAAUAUUUAAAAACAAUCGAACAACUGAACCUAUAUCUGUCUUUGUAUUUCGAUUAGUCGUAAAGUUAUUGCUUUCAAUAAUUUUAGUUUUAUACACUGUGUUAUUAAUUUUAGAAAUUUACAAUGAUCAACCUGUUACUGUGGAUUCGGUAGUGGAGACUAAUUCUCUCCCAGUUCCGGGUGAAUGCUUAUGUUUUCUAACAUUCCAAAGAAUUCUUAUAUUAAUUGUUAUUUCACAUAGUGGCAUUAGUGAAUACAAUAAAGAAUGUAUGAAAUACAUAACUCAACCAAUCGUAAGCAUUUCUUCAGAAUAUGUUGGAAGUUUCCAAGCCGCGGAAAAUGUAACAUUUUCGACAAAUUCCAAUCAAGGAUUAAGCGCCUUCAGAAUUAUGAUUUAUGGUGACUUUAUUAGUAACUCGGCAAUGAAUAUAAGUGUAAUUGAUCCAGGACUUGUACCAGAUCUUGUAAACCUACCAUAUAUUACUUCUACGCAAGAAUCAGUUCCUAUAACAAAUUCAUCAACAAUUCAAACCUCACUUAUUGAAUUAAAUUUUAAACCUCAAUCAUUUAUUAUUCAAGUUUUGAAUUCACUUGGUUUAUUGGGUGGCGCAUGGGGACUUACAAUAAGCCUUCUUGUGUUGCUCUUUGGAAAUAACAUUCUUAAUCCAUGGGGUUUCGUUCAAAGGCACAAUAAAACCAUGCAAGAAAAUCUAAUGACUUUUUCUGAAUUAAUUCCUAAUAAUUCAGACAAUGAAAUGUCAAUUCAAGAAUUGAAACAAAAACUUAAUUUAUUACAGCUAUUGUUGGGUGAUUAUUUAGUAAAUGCAGAAUAUUUAAAGAAAAUUCAACAAUUAGAAAUGAAAUCUAGCAACGAAUGUAAUAGCUAA